AAAGCCAGUUCACUGCAAGCAAAAUACAAUGGCAUUGUCGAGUGAGCAGUAUGUGGAGCCUCUAAAAAUUGAUCUGACACUUGAUAUGGAGGAUUAUGAAAAGGGUGUUGAUCGGAUACUUCACCUGGUCAGACCCAACUGGAGCAAAGAAAAUAUAACCAUGAAAGUGUUUUCAAACGGUAUCACCAAUAAAAUGUUAGGUUUUACACAUAAAGAGAAUAAAUCUGACAUUGUGCUUAUCAGGAUAAAUGGAAAUAAAACUGAGAUUUUUCUGGACAGAGAUGCAGAGGUAAAAAGCUUUAAAACAUUGCACAAAGCUGGUUGUGCCCCCAAUCUCUAUUGUAUAUUUAGUAACGGCCUAUGUUAUGAAUAUAUACCUGGAAACACAGUUUCUCGUGAGCAAGUCAGAGAUCCAAAAAUAUACAGAUUAAUAGCAAAAGAGAUGGCACGAUUGCAUAAGAUUCAACCUGAAAUUGAUUGCAAUGGCAAUUCUCCUGCUGUAUUUCGAUACUGUAACAAGUUUCUGCAUUUGAGCUUUUCAGAAAAUUCACCACCUGGAAGGAGUCUGAAUGGUUAUACUGGCCCAUUGGAAAAAGAACUUCACGAGGAAUUGAACAUGUUAGAAGAACAUCUGUCCAAAUUAGGCUCUCAACUAGUAUAUUGUCACAACGAUCUUUUACUGAAUAACAUUAUUUAUAAUGAUGAAAAAAACUCUGUCCAUUUCAUUGACUUCGAAUAUACUGGGAUGAACUUUCAAGCUUAUGAUAUCGCAAACCACUUCUGUGAGUUCGCAGGAGUCGAUGAUGCUGACUUUUCAUUUUAUCCUGAUUAUAAUCUUCAAAUCGAUUGGAUCAAAGAAUACUUGAAACAUUGGAAUAAAGGAACAGAACCAUCAGAUCAUGAUAUAAAGAGAUUGUAUGUUCAAGUCAAUAAGUUUGCUUUGGCAGCACAUUUCUUGUGGGGAACUUGGUCACUGACGCAAGCAAAAUAUUCAUCCAUUGAAUUUGACUACCUGGGAUAUGCCCAGCAAAGAUUGGAUGAAUAUCAAAAGAGGAAAGAAGAAUUCCUUGCACUGAAGAUGCCGUAAAACAAGUAUCGCUACAAACCCAAAUUUAGCCAUGCAAAGACUUCAUAUUUUGUGACCAACAACAUUCCUUGCUUAACCUCCGAUGUGCAAUAACUAACCAACUAAGCAGUGGGAGCACUGUCUGCUGGGGCGUGUUGGAUAAUUAAUAAUAUUUCUGAAAUAGAUCUAAUUAAUGAGCUAUUCAUAUAUAUUUAUUUACUGAUUUUUUGUGCUAAUAAAUUCAAAUCUAAUUUU